UAACAUUUUGGUUUAUUGUUUUUUGUCAAUUUAACAACGAUAAGAGUUAUUUUUGUUAAACGAAGAUGAAAAUGAGGAAGAAAAAAAAGAAAUGAAAAAACAAAAAACAGAGGAAAGAGAUGGAAAUAGUCUCUGAUUCGUAAGUACCGAUCGAAAACAAGUUUCAGAAGUCAAGCACCAAUUAGAAAUCAGCUUCUCUUUUCUUUUUUACUAGAAUUUAUGGGUUAAACUGCAAAAAUCAUAAAGCUUUGAGAUAGUACAGUACUCUGUUUUGUACAAGAACGCAGCAGAGGUCUUCUUUGACUCAUUUCUCUCUCUCUUUCUCCUUUAAACUCUGAACCUUCAACGUUAUCUUCCUCUCACUAGCUAAGAAACCCAUUUCGAUUCUCUCUCUCUCUCUCGUUUCCAACAUCAUUCCAUGGCUGACGAUAGCGAAUUGUAUCCUCGUUUCUUCAAAGUGUUCCUCGUUGAAUCGGCUUCUGAAUCGUUGAUGAUUCCGUUGCCUUUUAUGGCAUUUCUUGCUGAUCCAUUGCCAAAGACAGUGAAGCUCCAAGGUCUUGGAGGAAAACUUUGGACUGUGAGCUUGAAGAAAAUAAGCGGAGCUGCGUAUCUUACUAGAGGAUGGCCAAAAUUCGCAGAGGAACAUGAGCUGAAGAACGGAGAGUUCAUGACAUUUGUGUAUGAUGGUCAUCGUACCUUUGAAGUGAGUGUCUUUGAUCGUUGGGGUAGCAAAGAGGUCAGAGCUGAAAUACAAGCCAUACCACUUUCUGAUUCUGAUUCUGAUUCUGUUGUGGAAGACGAAAAAGACUCAACUGAUGUUGUUGAAGAUGAUGAUGAUGAAGAUGAAGAUGAAGAUGAAGAUGAUGAUGGUAGCUUUGAUGAAGAUGAAGAAAUCAGCCAGAGUCUUUAUCCGAUUGACGAAGAGACUGCAACCGAUGCUGCAGUUUUUGAAGGGAACUUGGACGUGGAAGCUUUAACUAAUCCACACUUUCCGACUACGCUCAAGAACAGGAUUUAUGAACUGUUGAUCCCAGCCAAUGUGGUGAAGGAUAAUAACCUUGAAUUUGGUUCAUCCAUCAAGUACAUCGAUGGAGAAGGAACCUUAGUAGGGCUAAGAGGAAAAUGGGCUGAUAAGAGGGUUUGCUUCAAAGGAUGGGACAGGAUUUGCAGAAGGAACAGGCUCAAAAAGCACCAAGAUACUGUCGAAUGCGAGCUUCUUCAUGAUGACCAGAAGAUGGUUCAUUCCAUCCGAGUCCAUGUCUUGCGUAGAGAUGCUUGAUCCUCUCACCAUUCACCACCACCACCAUCACUCUCAGUCUAUCACUAUCGCCGUUCUCAUCAUCGCGAUCACUAUUAUCAUUAUCAUCAGUACUUUGACAUGACUUCUUAUUAUGGCUUUUGUUUGUUUAGGAGUGUUCUUAUGUUUCUUCUUAGGCUUUAUCUUAGUAGUACCUUCUUCAUCCCCAAGAAAACUUAUGAACUUAUUGCUGUUUCUUGUUAUAUUUGAUAUGCUAGUUAUAAAAUGCAUCUAUGGCUUUUUAUAAUAUGCUU